CAUAUUAGUUGGGACGUAUGGUUGGUGAAAUCGAGUGUUAUUGUCACUUGGUCUAGUUAACUUCAUAGUUUGUGUGCAUACACAAUCUGAGUAACGCUUGCGCGUAUUUACAAAAGCUAGAAAUAAAUUACAUGAACUGUUUAUCGUACAAUAUUCAUUAACAGCUAUACGUUUGACGGAUUGGUCCAUUGCGAUACUAUCUCGUUUGUUCGCAUUUGCACGCGUAUACGUUGUUUUACACAAACGUGUGCAUUUCGUGAUCAAGCUACAAGUGGACGAUAGAGGUUAGCGUCUGGCAAACAGCUAAAGAAUUUGUAUCGUGUGACCAAGUGUUUUGAAGCACACUUUUUUUAUACUUGUGCCAAAAACAUAUAUUACACAAUACGAAUAUUUUUGUGAAAUUACAAGGAAGUAUUGUUGGUCACAAGGCGUACUCGGAGACUGAAGCACGUUCCCUAAAGCUCUGGGAGGUUCCAAAUGACAAAUGCAAUGGGAGGAGCAAAUCUGCAUACACCCUCAUCGAUAUUCCAACAUAUGAUGGGUCAACAAAGUACUUCACAACCUGGGCCAUGGUUACAAUUGCCACAAGUGCCACCAAUGACGAUACCAUGGAGUGUGCCAUCUCUGCAGCAGCCUGAAUUAGUCAGAUUCACCGGUGGACCAAGUUUUGAACCUGUUGCCCAUCAAAAGAGAAAACUUGAAACACCUGAUCUGUUGGAUACAAGGCAAACAAAACAGUUUAUAACGGAAGAAAAAAUGGCUGCACAUUUCAAAGAUUUGCAUAUUAGUUCCAAUUAUCAGCCACAGUCUCCAGUUCCAUCAACUUCAACAGCUACUACACAUCCAACAGUGCACUCUAGGGAACUAAAUAUGGAAUUAGAAAUAGAUGCAACUAAUGUAGUUGAUACAGAUCAAGCAAAAUCUGAACAUCCUAGGUUGGUUUUAUCAGAAGAACUAAAAAGACUCCAACAGGAACCCAUUCUUCCAUCUUCUUUGUUAUCUAAGUUCGAAAGGCCCUCCAUGGCUUUAGUUCUUUGGGAACCACCAAACAAACAUUUACGUAUUUUGCCAACAAGGGAUACGCCGACUCCUAUACCUAGCGCAUCCGACGACAACAACAACAACAACACUAAUAAUAAUAAUAAUAAUAAUAAUAAUAAUAAUAAUAAUACCAAUAACAAUAAUAAUAAUAAUGAAACAGUUUAUGAUCUGAAUCAAACAUUAUCGAGUAAUUCCUUAAUUUUUGAGCCGAUGGAAUUAUGAAGGUAAUUCAUUAGGGUAUUUCAAUUAACAUUUUCGUAUACUGUUAGAAGAAGAAGGAUAUGUCAUACCUUAUAUUUUUUAUUCGAUACUAUUGCGCUUGUGGAACGUUGUGAAAUAAUAGGUAUGAAACCUUUCUAUUGAGUGAAUCAAUUAGUGAAUCAAUUAGUCGCUAAGAUUUUGUUAUUGACAUGUCUUAAGUUAAAGAUAUUUAUUAAAAUAGAAACAAAAAACAGGAAUACACAAAAGAAUAAAAGGUCAUAAUAUACGGAGAUAAACAAGUUCCUUUUGUAUAUUAAAUACGAUUUGUGUGAGUAUAUUAAUUACAAGAGAAAAAUAAAUAUAUAUUCAUUAAUGAAUGCGUUCUCGGGUUUAAUGUGAAACUCAGUAUUAUUCUGAUUGUCAUUAAUAUAUUGAGCAUAAUGAUUCCAUUAAUCUCUCCUGUGUUCGAUGUGUAUGUCGUAUGUUCUGUUUUUAAUGUUUUUACAUAAUAGAAAACGCAAUGUAAAGAACUGAAGUGCAUAUUAAUGGAUAAAACUAAGUAUAUAACCGAGUAGUUUUAUUUCUUUACUGUAUGUAUACAAUAUAAUGUUAAGAUUAUUAUAUGAAGUACAAUUCAAUUUGCUGUAUGAAUGAGCGAGAUUACAGUUGUUUGUCAUGAAUGAAUCUGUGUUUUCGGAUGUAUGAUAAUUUUGCAUAAAAACAUGACAAAAUUU